UUGUUUUUUUGGUUUUUUUGACCAAUUGUCAUCCAGGGUGCACGCAAGCGCAAACCCCACGUUGGAAAAUGGCAGGCAAGUUGGAGCCUUUGAAAACGGAGGCCCCCGAAGUCGUCAAGGAGCCUGAGGAGGCUGAAGGGCAGACCAGGUCUUUGAAGAUGACUGAAGACCUGCUGGCAAUGGUGAAAAAGCUGCAGAAAGAGGGAAGCCUGGCGCCACAGAAUGAAGACCUGAUUAACCGGAUUAAUGAGCUUCAGCAAGCAAAGAAGAAAUCCAGUGACGAACUGGGAGAAGCCCAAGCUCUCUGGGAGACCCUGCAUCAGGAAUUGGACUCCUUGAAUGGAGAGAAAGCGCACCUAGAGGAGGUCUUGAGCAAAAAGCAAGAGGCACUGAGGAUCCUCCAGCUGCACUGCCAAAGGAAGGACAGCAGAGCUCAGAAGUUGCACGUCGAAGAACAGCUGGAGAAUUUGAUGGGCCAGCACAAGGACCUCUGGGAAUUCCACAUGUUGAAGCAGCGGCUGGCCCGGGAGAUAUGUGCCCUGCAGAGCAGCAAGGAGCAGUUGCUCACUGAAGAGAAACUGGCGCUGGCCAAGCUAGAGGAGGUGGAGCUGCAGCUGAGCUCGGGGCGCGCCCGGGCGGUGAACGAUGGGCUGAAGGCAGAGCUGGAGAAAUUCGGGGGCCAGGGUCCUGCCCAAAUCCAUUGCACCCCAAAGGACGGGGCCUGCAAAGGAGAGGUAGGGAGCCCGGCGAUGCGGCGAGGGGGCAGAGACGGCGGGCGGGGGUGCCCUCGGAGUCUCUUGGAGAAAGCAUCAGUGGGGAGCAGGGCGCCCCGGCGGGGGACGUGACGGAUAGAGUAAAGGCAGCCGCCGGCCUGCGUGCGGGGACGCCAGCGCCCUCGGGACCCGGGGCCGGCAGCCUG